GGAGUGCCGUGGGGCUGUCGCGCCGUACCGUGCUGUACGUACUGUCCCGUCCCGUCCCGUCUCGUGCCGCCCCGUGGUGCCCAGCCCCGCAGAUCCUCACCAGGACACCGGGGGAACGCCCCCGUCAGCCCCGGCGCGCAGGAGACACCUCGCCCUUAAGAAGCAGCGGUUCCUCACCCGCCGCAGGGGGACCGCAAGAUGAAGUGGCUGGCUGUCCUGCCCCAACAGUAUAUUUUGCUGACAACAUGUCUCCUAAUGGCCAUAGAAGCUGUACCUAUAGACAUAGAUAAGACAAAAGUCAAAGGAGAAGGCCACGUAGAAGGGGAGAAGGUAGAAAAUCCAGAUACAGGUCUUUAUUAUGAUGAAUAUCUCAGGCAAGUAAUAGAUGUCUUGGAAACAGAUAAGCAUUUCAGGGAGAAACUCCAGACUGCUGACAUAGAGGAGAUAAAGAGUGGAAAACUAAGCAGAGAGCUUGAUUUAGUAAGUCACCAUGUGAGAACACGACUGGAUGAGCUAAAAAGACAAGAGGUGGCAAGAUUAAGAAUGUUAAUUAAAGCUAAAAUGGAUUCUGUUCAAGACACUGGCAUAGACCAUCAAGCUCUCCUAAAACAGUUUGAGCACCUGAACCAUCAGAAUCCUGACAAGUUCGAACCUAAAGACUUAGAUAUGUUGAUCAAAGCAGCUACAAGUGACCUGGAAAACUAUGAUAAGACCCGCCAUGAAGAGUUUAAGAAAUAUGAGAUGAUGAAAGAACAUGAGAGGAGAGAGUAUUUAAAAACACUGGAUGAAGAAAAGAGGCAGCGAGAAGAAUCCAAAUUUGAGGAGAUGAAGAAAAAACAUGGAGAUCACCCUAAAGUUCACCAUCCUGGAAGCAAAGAUCAACUGAAAGAGGUGUGGGAAGAAGCAGAUGGACUAGAUCCUAAUGAAUUUGACCCCAAAACAUUUUUCAAAUUACACGAUGUCAAUAAUGAUGGUUUCCUGGAUGAGCAAGAAUUAGAAGCCCUAUUUACUAAAGAGCUAGAAAAAGUUUACGAUCCCAAAAAUGAAGAGGAUGACAUGGUUGAAAUGGAAGAAGAAAGACUAAGAAUGAGAGAACAUGUAAUGAAUGAGGUUGAUGUCAACAAGGACCGGCUAGUGACUCUGGAAGAGUUCCUGCGAGCUACAGAGAAAAAAGAAUUUUUGGAGCCAGAUAGCUGGGAGACACUAGAUCAACAGCAGCUCUUCACUGAGGAUGAGCUGAAGGAAUUUGAAAGUCAUAUUUCUCAGCAGGAAGAUGAACUUAGAAAGAAGGCAGAAGAUCUUCAGAAACAGAAGGAAGAGCUACAGAGGCAGCACGACCAGCUUCAGGCUCAGAAACAAGAGCUUCAGCAGGUCGUAAAACAGAUGGAACAAAAGAAACUACAGCAAGGAAAUCCUCCUGCAGGACCAGCUGGAGAACUGAAAUUCCAACCCCCUGGGGAGCACAAAGUUGGAGAUACACCAAAACAUCCUGUGGGAGGUGAUCAGCCUUUACCGCCAGGACAUGGCCAAGAACCAGCUGCUAGAACUGAUCAAGUUCACCCUUAACCACUUGUGCCUCACCUUUAUAGCAUCUUUAUUAUUUGGGGGGGUGGGGGGGAAGGGGGCAGGAAAUCAGAGUGAAACAUGAACUCUCCACUUUUUUCCAGAGGUUAUAAAAUCAUUGGGAAUGUUAGAGAUGAAGCAUCAAUCAGAUUUGAAUAAUAAAUCAAACUCAUUUUCUCUCCAGUGCAUCAGUGAGCAACACAACAAGGAGAUAAUUUAGAGGCUCUAAUGGAGGAGGGAAUUAAGGAAACUUAGUACUAAAGGUUUUUAUGGCCAGGGGACUGAGCUGCUGAGCUCUUCUCAUACAAAACCGGGAGGAGAUGUCUGCCAUUCUGUGUUCAGGCACAAAUCGGAAUCUUCUCAGAGGGGAAGCAGGGUACUUGCCUGAAUGUCAAGUUAGGUCUAGUUUUAUGUAGAAACUCUUCCCAGAAAUGCUGAGAAGCAAAAUAUGGGGAAACAGACCAUAGAUAAAAGGCCUACCAUUUCUAGCACUACCAAACCCUUCCUUCUUUGAGACCAAAUAAAAAUCAGACUUCUAGUCCUGUUAACUUUAAAAGAACUCCUUUUUAACUCCUUUAAAAGAAAAUUUGCACUUUCUAAAAUCUAAACACAGCAAAGAAUUAUGUGGAACAGUGAAUAUUUUUCAUGUUUACAGAAGCCUAAGAAUUUCACUGUAAGCCUUCAAAAGGAAUACUGUACUUCUGGUGUAUUGAUCUGAACCGUCCUCCUUUUUGAUCUGAAUUCUGUGUAGCAGUUGAAUACUCAACUGGCUCUUGGGACAGUACUUUUGUCCCUCUUUCUUUCAUCACAUGCCAGCAGAUCUCAAAAUUUUGCAUGUUAUUAAGUAAGCUUUUUAUAUUGAUGGAAAUAUUGUGCAAAACAGAACAAGACUCAUUGUCUUUUUCUGUACAGAUUAUCCUACCUCCUAUGAUAAUGCCAGAUUUUUCAAAGUGCACCAUGUGCUUCAGAAAGCUCUUCUCAGACAUGAAUCUUUGACUUGUUAAGAGUCUCACUAUUAACUCUUACUGUCUUUCGGCAGUUGGUGUAAGUUUAUGAAGCGUCCUAAAACAGGGGUGCUACUUGAUUGUACUGUUUCGGUAUUGAACCUGGAUAGUUCCCUCGUAUUGUAAGCCAAGAUUUUACAAGAAUAUGUUGAUUUUCCUGUGGGUUUUACUAUAAUGUUGAAGAGUUGUGUUAUUGUCCUUGCUUGCCAUUCAUUUCAGACUUAAAGUACCCUAAAGUGUAAAUCCUGUUUGGUUUUUUUUUUUUGUUUGCUUGGGAUUUGGUGGGUUUCUUUAAAAACAUGGAUUGUUCUGAUUGUAUAAUGCUGGCUUUGAACUGAUACACACACCUUGGCAAGCAUCCUUUGCAUUUCCUUCCUGUUCUGUGGCUAACUGCUGACACUGUCAUUAAAGGAGAUCAUUUGGAUUUUGAGCAAAGAAACAGAGGCAAGCCUCUGUUAUAGAAAGAUGUUCCUUUCAGAAUAAGACUUUAAUUUUGUAGGCAAACUCGAAAAAGACAGGAGGCAAUUUCUAACCUUUUGUGUUGAUGUUUGGGAAGUUUCUCACUCUGCAGAACUUUGACUGAUAGAAGCUGGGCAUAUUCCUUCCAUGUUUAAGGCUUCUUUCAUCUGGCCUGGGCACAUUCUUGUUCUCCACACAAUAUGGUAAAACUCACUGCCGGAAUAGAUAGGUUUCUUCAUCUGUUUCAUCUUGUUAGUUGUCAGGUCACAUUUCCUUCAUUUAUGCCACUCAAACAAUUGGAUGACUUUUACCUUUUUUAUGUUCUCUACACAAGUGGUUCACAUUUUAAUUUAGUUUCCAAAAACCACUGUCUCCACUGUUUGUCAUUUCCAUGCAAUUCGAACAUCAGUUUGAUUAUGUCUUUGUCAGGAGACUAAAAUACCUUUCAACAACUUCAUCUGUUUGCUAAGAGGCCCAGACAUAGUUACAGCUACAUCCAGACUAACAGAGCUUCUCAGUGCACAGCUCUGGCUUUGGGGCUAUAGCCUGAUAAUAGGUAACAGGGUGAAGAGGGAAACAAAGGGGGAAUUAUUCAAAUGUGGAAAAGGUGAGGGGAAAUUACUUUUUUUAUGUUCUCCCCAUCCCACAUGAAAGUUUACAGAGGACAAAUGACUGAAACCUUUGGAGUGACAGCAUUUCUACCAUACAAAUCAUUCCAUCAGGCUUCAUCUGCCUCCUAACAAAUGUCAUUAUAUGUAAUGACAUGCUUUGUAAUGUCAAAGCUCGAGCUUUGGUUUCAGUGUAACCUCUUACCUUUUCGCUGUAAGACCCUGACUCCCCCUGCUGUUGGAAGUGGGCAUUAUAUCCCCCUUACCCCAAUUACUUUGAAACAUACAGUUUUGUGUUGUAACCUGGGUGCUGAACUCAGCUUCUGCCCACUGCAGUGUAGUGAGUGUCAGUGGUGACUGAGGAAACUGCUGUGAGAAGCCAGUUUUCAUUUGUCAUUUCAUUGUGAGUUAGCAUUAGCAGAAGUUUCUCAUUUUGCAUUUCAACUAGCCACUGAGCUGUGUUCAGCAUAAAAUGGUGCGCAUCUUUCCUUCAGUUGCUAUCUGAUACCUAAAUGUUAUUCUUGUCAGUGUUAAUUUUAUUAGUAGGCUUGCAAUUUUGCAAAAUACUACAGACUUUCUGUUCAUUUCUUAGUAGUGGAAACAGGCAGUUUUUUAAACCUUAAAAUUAGUGAUCAGGUUUAUCUCUAACAAUAAUCAAGGUUUAGUCAAACUGAUAAUAUUUUGCUCUGAGUUACGUGGAAAUCAGUGCAUCAGUCCUCAAUAACACUUAAGUUAUUGAACUCCUAUUGGAUACAUUUUAAGUUUGUUGCCUAAGUGUUUUUGACUUGAGAGCCCAAAUUACAACUUCAUGUUCAUCCACCCAAUUCAAAACAUCUCUCAUGCACGGGUACCUGCAUCACACGUCCACAAAGAUAGCAAGGACCGAGUGGAUGGUCUUUCCAAAGCUGGUCUGUCAGGUCUGGUCUAUUGCCAGACACUGUUCACCCAAUACUGUCCAUCUCAUCCUUCUCUGUAGAGGAAGGGUAUUGUUCCUCAGGGCCAGGCUAAAAAGAGGUCUCCAUCUGAGUCUAAUAAAGUCACCAAACUAAUUUUGUGGAUCAAUUCUUAAGUGUGGUUUAACUAAGAGUUAUCCCACUGUGAGGAACAUCUGCGCUAGAGGUUAGGCAAUGGGCUGAAGUCAUGCUUACACAUUAAAUGUUCAGCAGAUUUGUUGCUUUUUUAAUGUGUUUGUUGUUUUCAAUGCUGAUGUCUUCUAAUUGGGUUAUUUCUUCUGUAAAAGAGACUAAAAGUAUUAGCCACUAAAAGCAUGUUUCUACCAUGGUACUGAUUUCUCAGGAUUUUAAAAGUUUUUAAAAAAAUUAUUAAACUAAGCUUACAGCUAAGUGCAGAAGAAGAAAGCUAUAACAACAGCUUAAAAAGGGACUGGAAUAUCAUGGGCACCAGUGCUUUCGCCUGUACUCUGCUUUUCAUUUAGGAGGUAAUUACAAUAAAACUGAAUGUAACUUCAUACAGACUCCAGGUCCAAGACAGAGAUGCAGAGAUUUGGUUUUGUACUUGGCUGGGAUUUCGGUAGGAGGAUGAAGGGGUAAGAUUUGGUCAAUGUUGUACGAAUUCAUAUCCUCCAGUGCAAUAUAUGUAGGAAAAAAAAGCCCCGCUCUGUACUUUAUAUAGAUUAGUUUUUAACUGGAUUAAACAAACUGAGCGCA